UUUCUUACACCAUUUUCUCCCCCCUCUGGAGCGUGACGUACUUUAUGGACGGCCCCUUUUGCAACGCAAACUGUGCAAGCCAACCACAAGAGUAAAGGUAAGGAUUUUUAAAAUUAUUAUUUGCUGUAAUUUAUCACAAGAGUAAAGGUAAGGAUUUUUAAAAUUAUUAUUUGCUGUAAUUUAUCACAAGAGUAAAGGUAAGGAUUUUUAAAAUUAUUAUUUGCUGUAAUUUAUCACAAGAGUAAAGGUAAGGAUUUUUAAAAUUAUUAUUUGCUGUAAUUUAUCACAAGAGUAAAGGUAAGGAUACUAGUUACCCUAGCUAGUAUGAGGCCUAUGUGCUCCAUUUGUUUGUAAACAUUAGUUAGCCACAUUGUUCAAGGUUCUCUUUUUAUAUUUUAUUUUGACGUUUACACUUUAUUUCUGUACAUGUGCUUCAUGUGAGUGACGUAGUUGCUUAUGUACGUGGGUUCCACAUAAAAUUACACACACACACACACACACUCCUGUCUUUGUAGACACCCCCCGAUAAAAGCCUUCUACACUACACAAAUUUGAAAGGGAAAAAAAAGGGGGGGGGGGUGACAGAUAUUUUACGCCUGCCACUUUUUUAUUGAAUUUCACGAAUGUAUCCCUAAAUCGAUCCCUUUGCCUAACCUGAACCCUAAAUCGAUCCCUAAGCCUAACCUAAACCCUAAUUCACUGUAACUAUAAUAAAGACACAAAAGACGCCGUGGCAGCCGUCCUCGAUUUUAGCCCAUAUUUAUUAUCUUACCAAACGUAAUUUAGUAAUUACGCACUCGAUUAUCAGAGAUUCCAGAUGUUUCAAACAAAUUAAAUGGUGUUUUAAUUAUGAAUAACAGACUUGGUCAUGAUUACCGGUAGUCAUAGGAAGAUGCGUAUAAAUUGUAUAAUGUGAAAAAUCAUUAUGAUACAUUUACUAUUAUUUACUAAAAAUAAAAAUUGCUACUUCAAUAUCUAAAAGUAAAAGAAAGAUAAAAAUAUCGUUCUGUUUUGUUCGAUUACGUGCCGCCGUCGCUUUUCGGCUGUCCAGUAUAAUUUUUAACCGAAAAUCAACGGCAACUUCCUUUUCCGCUAUUUACCUCUAGUGGUAUAGCUUAGCUAAACAAGGUACGACUUAAAAUUGUUUAACAUCUAUAAUAUUAUAUCAUUUUAACACACUAAACAUAUCUUUUGAUCAUCAUCUUUCAUAUCUUGUAAACAUCAAUGAAAUAUUACAUCUUUAAAAUUAUACUGCAGCAAUUUAAAUUGCAUUUCAUUAUUAUAUCGAUAAUGGGUCAUUUCUCAUUUUUAAGUGUUGUAGAUGCACACAAUUCCCCCUUACAACAUUUAGAAUAAACCCAUUGUAUCGUUGAGUGUUAAAAACAUGUAGUUAUAAAGCUGUAAAUACCAACUACCAGAAUACACUGAGCUCCUAAAUAAUGUCUUGUGCCACUGCCAGAAGAAAUCUUCGACCUAGUCUCAAAUGAUACAAUCAAUAGGGAAAAAAAAACAAAGAUUUUCAAACAGGACCAGGCUAGUCAUUGGGGAUAUGGAAAAGGAUUGGAAGUGGGGAUAAAUGAGAUAAAUAGGGAUCAACCUUCAUAAACUUUGUGGAUAAAGUAUUCUGUAUUAAUCUUAUGAGGUUGAAACUGAAACAAACUCAUCACUAUUGGUCUUUAUAGUCUAUGGGUUCAAGUUAGCCCUAUUAAAUAAAAAACAACUUAAUUAGGCCUACUAAGUCUAAAAAUUCAAUGUUCAUGUUGGCCAGUCUUAACUUGCCCUACUAAGACUUACGCAGGAAGCCCUAUUUUUGUAAACAACUGUUUUUAUAAUUACAGAUGGGAGUCUCUGUGAAAGAUGUAAAUGCCCAUGAGUUUACAAGAGCUCUGGCUGAUUUUUUGAAAAGGUAGGAUAAUUUGCUUUUAAAAUGUUUAUGCUAAUUAAAGAAAACUUAAUUGGUGAAAAUGAGAUUUCCUGGUGCACCAUGUACCAUAGUAGUCAUUAUUACCUGACCGGUGGCGAUGACUACUAUGAUUUAUUGAGGUUCUCGGGUUUACUUAUGGCAUUAGUCUGUAUUCAGAGUAUUUUGGGCCAUGUCAAGCUAUGUACUUCCUUGAUAAAAAUUUUGGCUAUCUACGGCAUGGCAGCGGCAAUGACCCGUCCAAAAUGCAGGAAUAUUAAAAUAUAAUUAACCAACCAUUGAAAUUUUAAUUUAAAACAUUCCAUUGUCAUAUUAAGGACAAGUUAACUUUAGUAACAACACAAAGAUAAACAAAAAGGAGAGAAUUGUACACUGACACGUGGUGAGGAAAUUUCCUUCAUUUUUUAUAUUUGUCUUGAAAUUGGGGGCUAGAGGUCUACCCUCCCCAUAAAAUAUGUUGAAGUGUUCCGUGUAAUGGCUAUGUAAUUUAAAUGAAUGGCAUAGAGGUAAAAAAAAAAAAUUCCAAAGUCAAAAUUAGUUUGGCAUUGUAAGCCACUUUUUUUUUAACCCACGCCUAAGGUUAUCUUUCAAAUCUUAACUAUUCACCUUACUGCGAUUGUUGGCUUACCCCUUAAGUGACGUCUCUGCACCUUGGGUGAGAAUAUUCUUGUCAUUUCCUGUCUUAACUAGACAGAGGUUUAAAAUUAUCCAGGGCACUACAGACUUCAGUCCCUGUGGGACCCUGGCCUGCUCUACCGCAUGCUUCCAUUCGAAUCAAGUCACAGCUUUCUGCCUCCAUGAACGAACCACAGUCUCAGUACUCUUUUUAGGCUGAAAUAAGAAUGAUUGCCUGCUGUUAUCCUUUCUUUCACCACAAUCAUUAUUUUGUUGUGCUCAAUUAUAGUCGCCCCUAGAUUCUUUAAAGUGGCCACUCUCUCAAACAUAUGAACAUAGUUGUUUAUAUUGUUUUAAGUAUGCGUGUUUCAUGACAUCUUAUAUUGUGUCUUCGCUUCUUUUACAUCAAGACCAGCUUUGACCGAGGCGUCAAGUUCCCUUAAUUAUAUUAUUGCUGUUUCUGCUCUGUGCCAGGUGCUGUGAUUGUUGGCUAUAUAAAAUUCCUGAUGGUUAUUCUGUAAUAAUCUCUGGGAGUAGUCUGUAAUGGUUCCACUGGUGCUCACAUGUAUGUUUCUAAUGACCUAACAAGAUGUUGAACAGUUUAUAUGAUAGUGAAUCUCCCGGUCUGCGGCCCUGAUUAACUCCCUCAAAUACUCUCCCUGUACUUUGUGUGAUUUUACUUUACUAGAGUUGUCCAUCGUCAUAUGUAUGAGCAAGGUAAGUUUAAGGACUUCCAAAAUCCUGUAGAGCAUCAUACAGAUAUUUCCUUUCUAUGCUAUAAUAAGCUGUUGAUGUUGUAUUAUCCGUGGUUGAUUCUGUCGGAAUCCACAUUGAUAGUCCCCUAGGGUCUGUUCACAAUACCUUUCCAUUUAUUUGCUAUUACUAUUUGUUUAGUGGAGAUUUUCAAAGUUGCAUUAAGUAAGGGAAUUCCUCUAUAAUUUGAGCAAUCCAGCUUAGACCAAUUUUUGUGAAUUGGGAUUAUGAGUUCAGUACUGCAAGAUUCUGAAUAUGAGGUCUUGUAUUUGCCUAUGCAGUUCUUUUUCAUCUAGUUUUAUCAGUCCUGCAGUGAUAAAGUCUAUUCUAUUCCUGGGCUUUAUUUUUCAUGGUAAAGAAUACAUCUGUAGGUUGAUUGACCAAUGGGUCUGGUCCUACUUGUGGUUGAGCUUUAUCAUUUGUUCCUCCUCCUGAGCCAUUUAUCAUGCCUUCAAAGUGGUGUGCCUAUCUCUGUAGUAUCCUCCUAAUGCUCUCUGUGAUCAGAUCUUGCUUGAAAGCCAUUCGAAAGCCGGUUUACCUUCAGGUUUGAAAACACACUUAUUAUGCUUUCAAAUGAAAAUUAUGUAUGGCAAGAAUGGGGUACCAGGGUCAAAUGUGGAGGGGGUGGUGUGUUACUUACUACUGUAACUAUGCUGUAAUAAAUACUCCCAGAAACCCCCUUUGUAGAUCUGGGAUUGCACCCAAUUGAUAUACUGAAUAUAUAUCUUAUAUGUUCAAUAUCGGCAGCAUUUCCCACAAUGACUAAUAAUUACAACAUAUUAGUUUGGCAUUCAGUAUACUUUCCCUGUAAGCCUGAUUUCAUAUGUAGAUGAUAUAUUUUUUUGUGUAACGGUCGUUUGGUUCAUUUUUCUUUGAAAAAAACAUUUGGUGACUGUUCAUCAAAGUGGGGUCUAAUGUAAUUAACAUUUUGUCUGAAGCCUGCAGUUAAACCAAGGGUCAGCAGCCUUUUUUGAUUGAAGAGCCAUUUUAUAUAUUACAUAUGCAAAGAAAGUAUUGUGGGACUUGAUUAGAAUACCACUUACCACCACCUAGCGUCAUAUUUUACUUUUGAGAAUGCACUGAAUUUAGUUACUAAGUUAAAGCAAAUGUUACCAAGUUUGCCCUUUUUUUAUAGUGUAGGCUAAAAAUGAUUGAGCUAUUCAUUCUGCGGCUCUGGAACUGCAGAGCAAAGUUUACAAAGCUUAGCAGCAGCAUGUUCAUUUGUCUUUCAAGUUUUGAACUCCUCACUGACAUUUAUUUUCAAGCCUUUGUUUAUUCAGACAGAUCUGUUUAGUCAAUAUUUCUUUUUGUUGACUAAUCCGUUAAAUUUCAUAUUUUAGAACUGGCAAAGUCAAGGUUCCAGAAUGGGCAGAUAUUGUCAAGUUAGGACGCUUCAAUGAGCUCAGCCCAUAUGAUGAAGAUUGGUUUUACAUUAGAGCUGGUAAGUUUUACUUUUUACAAUUAAAAUUUAUUUUUCGGAAUAGUCUAAACGAAAAAAUUGUUUUCUUUUCAAAUAUACUCAAAAAGAAACAAUCUAGUAAAAAAAAAUCUGAGUUUGUAGUUAAAAAUAUUUUUAUGUACCCGGUAAGGCAGUUCUGCUGUUAGACAGUGAAUUAAAUCAAUCAUUAUAUACAAAAAAAAUUAUGGAUUCCAUAGCAAUUUAACAGCAAAAUUUCUUUAAGUUUAAGAUAAAGGUACUAGAAUACAAAUGUUUUACAUAUCUGCUUAUAGUAAUAAUAUCCUAGACCCUCGUUGCUGGCAUCAUGAUAAUGGUCAGUUAUAUUUUUCUUUCUGUUUAAAAAAAAACUAAUUUUAGCAGUUUUAAUUAUUUCAUUUAAUCUUUUAAACAAAAAAAGUUAAUGUUUACUAUUUAUACUUGGUGCCAGAUGACAAAUGUUUGAUGCCCUGCAUUUGUCCUUGGUUCUAACAAUCAUUUUAUUUUAUUCAAGUAUGAUAUAAUUUUAACCGUAUUAUUUAUUUUGAGUCCUAUUUUUAGUAUGUUAUAAGUGCAAUGUAAAUUUAAUUCAGUGUUUUUGUAUUAAACUAUGAUUAAUUUUUUUUUUUCAGCUUCUGUUGCUCGCCACCUUUAUAUUCGUGCACCAUGUGGAGUUGGAGCACUGAGAAAACUUUAUGGAGGUAAUAAUUUUACCCAGAGAUUCAGGUUAAACUAGUAUUUUAACUUUUUUCCUGCCUUGGCUUGUUCUCAAUUCUAGCAAUGUGGACUUACUUCCAGGAACUUUUAUUGGUUAGCUAAACAUGGCUUUGCCAAGAAAUUGAAAGGAUUUUUUCUAUAUAUUAUAUUGUCGAGAUUAAAAUCAUUGCAAUUAUUUUUGUAGGCAAUCAGCGUAAUGGGACAACACCAAGCCACCACUGCCUUGCUUCUGCAACUGUUGCCCGCAAAGUGCUCCAGGUUUUGGAGUUCCUGAAGAUGGUCGAAACUGAUGCAAACUCUGGGUAAGUCAUUCCAAUGAUUUUUUAAAAAUUUUCCUGUACAUUUUUCAGCAGGCGCUUCAGUUCUUCAUUAUGAGGUUGUAAUAAUUGAUAUUCCAAUAUAAUUAUAAGGCAUGUCAUAACUUGAUUUCAAUGUACCACAUCAGUGAUUAGUCAGGAUUGUCAUCCAGUUAUCUAUAACUAAGUCUCAACUGAAAGUUCACCUAAUUCAUUAUCAUUGGCAUUUUCUUUUAGGUAGCAAUCAUCUUCAUUACAAUGCCUGAAAUGAUUAUUUUUAAAAAUUGCUACGGGUCCUGCUCUCUAUUGUAUGUCCUAUGUUUUUUAGGUGGCUGGCUGGUGCAAGUCAAGCUAACCUUUAAGUUAAGAAUAGCUGGUGAAAAAAUUGGAAUAAACAAAGAAUAUUAAUGCAUUUUAUUUGCUUACAUUUUUUUUUCUAUUGUCUAACUGGUUUCUUCCCUUUAUUUUCCUAGCGGCAGACGUCUUACUGCACAAGGUCGCCGUGAUUUGGACAGAAUCGCCAGCCAGAUUAAAGGGGGUGGCAAGAAGGCUCAGAAAUAAAAUGUUAUAAUUUAUGAUGAAAA